AUGGCCGCCCAAAGCAGCUCUACCUUUGCAAAUCCUCCAAACUAUACCUUUACCUCUCAUCGUCUCCAUCGAACUCUACAUGCCUCUGACAAGCAGCCAAUCGUCCUUGUAGCAUGUGGUUCCUUCAACCCCAUCACAUAUCACCAUCUCCGAAUGUUCGAGAUGGCAAAUGACUUUGUUCGGCAGAACACUAAUUUUGAGAUUGUCGGUGGAUAUCUCAGUCCUGUUAGUGAGGAAUACAAGAAGCCAGGACUGGUUCGAGCCCAUCACCGGGUCAAUAUGUGCACGCUCGCUACAGAGCAGGAGUCUUCAGGGCUAAUGGUCGACUCGUGGGAGGCAUUCCAGAAUUAUCAACGCACGGCUGUCGUCCUCGACCACUUUGAUUACGAGAUCAAUACCGUUCUUGGCGGGAUAUCUACCCGAGAUGGCGAACAUCGUGAUGUUCGGAUCAUGCUUCUUGCUGGAUCGGACUUGAUCAGCACCAUGUCUGAGCCUGGUGUUUGGUCUCAUAAUGAUCUCGAUCGCAUACUCGGACGCUAUGGCACAUUUGUUAUCGAGCGCACAGGGUCCAGUAUGGAUCAGGCGACAGACAGCUUGGCGCGCUGGCGCAACAGCAUUUAUCCCAUCCCUCAGCUGGUCCAGAAUGAUGUUUCCUCGACGAAAGUUCGGCUGUUUUUUCGUCGGGGUCUCUCGGUCCGGUACCUCAUCCCAGCUGCCGUUAUUGAUUAUAUAAAGCAGAACUAUCUAUACCUAGACGACGGGUCGGGCCCGGAGAAAGAAAAGGGGAAGGACAAGGAAAGUGGCGAAGCUGAAACUAGCCUUCGAGACGGCGGGUCUCUGCUACAAUUAUAA